AUGGAAGCGGCUCGAUUAGGACUAAGUGAAUAUCAUGCAGCCACACUAUCGCGAGCUGGCUCUAGUCUUACUUUACCAAUGGAUCCCUGGUUAUCGCCACCGCUGCUUUCGGCUCUUCCAGGUUUCCUUAGUCACCCGCAAACUGGUUACCCAAGUUAUCUUACCUCUCCCAUCGCCACAGACCCUGGAAGACCUCCGAUGGCGCACUCUCAUUCUCAUUCGCCAAACAACACACCACCCGACCUUAGAACAACAUCUAUAGCAGCUCUACGUCUCAAAGCAAAAGAGCACGUUGAAAAUAUCACUAAAGGUUUACAAAUGGUUUAA